GUUUUGGUUAGUUUGCCAUCGCUAGCAAUUGAAUCACUUGCCAAGUGAUGCGAUCGCACAAAUAUAAGCUGGUAUUUCACACAAAAUAUGCCAUUCGCAGUCAAGAAGUUGCGCGGUAAUAAGUAAUAAAAGAAAAUGGCAGCAGCUAACGAUAAUAAUGCAAACCAACAAGGAGCCUUGGUGGCAGCAAACGAUAAUAAUGAAAACCAACAAACUAUACGCGAGGUGCAACAAUCUUUUGCUGCAUCACUUGGAUAUUUCAAUGAAACUAUUUGGGACCUCUUAUCGCACGAGCAAGCCAAUAUUUUGAAGGCAAAAAUCAAGAAUAUAAUACCUGAUCCUAAAAUAGCUGCGGAUGUGGCUGAUGAUGCUAAGAAAAAAUUGGAAAAACAAUGUCGGGCGAAUGAACAUAUGCGGGAAACAUUGUUCAAUAGCAUUUGGGAGCAGCGUAAAUACACCAAUCGCCAAUCGCUUACAUCGAUCUUCUAUGUGAUGGUUGCGACCGAUACAACCGAUCUGAAAUUUGCAGAGUACUCCAAAUCUUGGUCCUGCCAUCCAGUGUUCCGGGCACGGCGUUGCGUUUCUGAUCGCAAUGGAUACAACAGCCGCGAUUGCUGCAUGAUCUUUGUGGAUGAGAAGGGUCGUGUGUAUCAGAACUGGAAGGCGUAUUUGGCCAACAAUGAGUUGCCGGCGGGAAUUAUGGUUGCUCCAAGCCGAGGCGUUUACACUCUGGAUGGAAACAUUGUGAACCUGGAAACAUGCAGUACGCCGGCAGCGUCGGCAAAGCGCAAAGUUCUUGGCGUACUCGAUGUGACCACGGCAAUUGGUGGAUUGGGUGCGGCUUGUGUGCCAAUUGCGGCGGUCUUAACACUGCCUGUCGCCGCGCCCGUUAUGGCUGUGGCUGGUGCCGUCGGGCUGGGCUGUGCCGGCUAUGCAACGGCUCGCUCUGGCGCACAGCUGGUCGAUCGCAGCAUUCACAAUCAGUCAAUCAAUGUAACAGAUCGCACGGCGCGCAAUCAUUGGCUGGGCGUGAUUGCCGGCGCUGUCGGACUUGGUGCAGCAGGAGCUACAAGUGCCAUGACAGUGGCCACAAGCGCUGGUCGGGAAGUGGGCGUCAUUACCCAGAUGACUGUCAAUGGCAUGAACAUCACCACCAUUAUGGUAUCCGGCACGGGUUUGGCCAACGGCGUAGUUGAAUUGAUUUUGAAAUACCAGGAUGGUGACGAUAUUUCUGCCAUGGAUGCACUGCAGCUCUCCGCCUCGCUGGUGCUGUUCACCCACAGCGUCUACAAUUUUAAACUGGCAUCGACCAUUAUCAGCGAGACCACCAAUAGCAAAAUAGGCACUUAUCGCGACACUCUGAGCAAUCGACAACGACGCAUGUUCGACAAGAUAUCCAAGGAGACGAUACGCACUAGGGGUGCCACCAGAGGCAAGCUGGAUAUCAUACGCAAUGUGAAUGAAAUGCCAUCACGGCAGGAGUUCAAUGAUCUUUACAAGAUCAACAGGCAAUUGAAUGAGAAAGGCAUACGUCCCACCUUUGACUCAAACGGAAAUGGCAUAGUGUUGAACGAUCAGGUCAAAACUAGCGGAGCCGAGUUGCGUGCCAGCUUGCAGCACAAAGUGGGUCCCGAUGUACUUGGUCAGGUGACGCAGCCAAUACCGGAAAGCUAUAAUGUGGGCGGCAACAAUGGCAGGCGGUUUACGGCACCAGCUCGGCUACUGGCACCGAAUCCCACAUUGGUGGAUCAGACGGAUAUGACGAACAGAAACUAUGCUGAAGGCGUCAAUGUGCUAAGGCUCAGCAGCCUUAUGAUUAAUGGUGUAUCAUUGGUGCUCUCCAAAUAUGGAUCAUCCAUUUUUGAGCAUAUCGUCAAUGCGGAGAGUUUCGAAACGACGCUGCUCUCCUUGGCUGACAACUUUCCUGAGGAUGUGAUGCUUUUUGCACUGAAUAUGACAGAAAUAUUCAUGGACAAUCUUUGGGAAGAGCUACAUGAGCAGCUGCAGUUCUAUCUUAGCUCAGAAUCGGUGCUAUAUAGAAUUGGUAUACAUAUUUUGGAUAAAUAUUCGGGGCUCAACGCAAUGCAGCUAUCGGAUAUGUUUUCCGACAUAUUGGUCGCUGUCAAGGAAUACUAUUUGUCACUAAACCCGAAUCGUUUUAGGGAAAUGCUAACAAAAUGCAAAGAAUGCAGUGGCUACUAUGAAAUAUGUGAUUUAUAAAUUGGAUAUAUGUGCUUUACAAAUUUAAGAAACGCGUCACAAGGUGGAAUGCACAAAAAAAAAACAAUCAUACUCAAAAUAUCAA